CCCACCCCCCACCCCCCCAUAGGGGAGAUGGAAGCCUCCGGCAGCGACGACAGCGUCCACUUCCCCAGUUAUCCCUUCGACUUCCUGGAGUUCCUCAACCACCAGCGCUUCGAGCCCAUGGAGCCCUAUGGCCACGAGCACCCCAAAGCCCUGCCGGGGCUCCCCUGCGCUCAGCCCCCCUUUGAGUACAACCCCCCCUCCGGCACCGUCCCCCCCCCCAAGCCUAAGGUGGAAGGUGCCGCUUCCUCCUCCUCCUCCUCCUCCUCCUCCUCUUCCUCCCAGCCUAAGAAAGCAGAGGGGAGCGGGGGGGUCCAACCCCCAGCCCCCCCAUACCCCCCCCCUCCCGUCUCCGUGCCCCCCCAACCCCUCUUUGAGGCCACCAGCGCCUUCAACACCCCGCAAUGGGGCAUCGUGGACCUGUCCGGCCACCACCAGCACCUCUUUGGGGGGCUGAAACGAGGGGCCACGGUGGCCACGGCGGCACCGGGGAACCCCCCCCAGCUGGCCGGCGCCCCCCCGGAGGUGGGGGCCAAGGAGGAGAAGGGCUAUUUCCGCCGCCUCAAGUACCUGAUGGAGCGGCGCUUCCCCUGCGGCGUGUGCCAGAAGGCCUUCAAGCAGUCGUCGCACUUGGUGCAGCACAUGCUGGUGCACAGCGGUGAGCGGCCCUACGAGUGCGGCACCUGCGGCCGUGCCUACAACCACGUCUCCAGCCUCAUCCGCCACCGGCGCUGCCAUAAGGAGCCCGGCGAGGCCGGCGCCGGAGCCAACGGGGGGGUGGCUGCCGCGUCCGGGCUCAACGUGGCGCCCAAUGGGGUCAACGUGGUGCCCAGUGGGGUCAACGCGGCGCCCAAUGGAGUCAACGCCUUGGUGGUCGGCGUCAGCGCGGCGCCCCAUGGGGUCAGCGUGGCACCCAGUGGGGUCAACCCGUUGAGUGGAGUCAACGCGACCGCCACGAGAGUCAACCCAUUGGCGAGCGGGGUUCACGUAGCACCCAGUGGGGUCACCGUGGCACCCAAUGGAGUCACCGUAGCGCCCGCGGGGGCCAACCCAAGCGCCCCCCGCCUCAACCCGUUACCGAGCGGCGUCGCCCUGGCGCCGAGCGGCCUCAUCCCGGCUCCCGCUGGCCUCCUGCUGGCUCCGGGCGCGCUCCUGCCGGCUCCCGUCGGCGGCGUGGCGGUGGCUGCGAGCGCCGCGGCCUCGGAGGGCCCCUUCACGUGCCCCUUGUGCUGGAAGGUGUUCAAGAAGCCCAGCCACCUUCACCAGCACCAGAUCAUCCACACGGGCGAGAAGCCCUUCACCUGCUCCGUGUGCUCCAAGAGCUUCAACCGGCGCGAGAGCCUCACGCGCCACGUCAAGACCCACUCGGGGCUCCUCCGCGUGCCCUGCGGCGCCUGCGGCAAGGAGUUCCGCGACCCGGCCUACCUGCUGCGGCACCAGGCUGCGGCGCACGGCGCCCCGCGCCCCGGCUACGCCUGCGACGUCUGCGGCAAAGCCUACGCCGCCCCGCAGAGCCUCCUGCGGCACCGGCAGCUCCACGCCGCCUACCCCGGCGUGCCCAAAGCCUUCCCUGCCGGCGGCAAGGCGCUGCCAACGGGGAAGAGCUUCGGGUGCGGGGUGUGCGGGCGCUGCUUCGGGCGCCGCGAGACGCUGAAGCGCCACGAGCGCAUCCACACCGGGGAGAAGCCGCACCAGUGCGCCGUGUGCGGGAAGCGCUUCCGCGAGUCCUUCCACCUGAGCAAGCACCACGUGGUGCACACGCGCGAGCGGCCCUACAAGUGCGAGCUGUGCGGCAAGGCCUUCGGCUACCCGCAGAGCCUCACCCGCCACAAGCAGAUCCAUCGCCUGCCCGGCGCCGGCGCCGCCGACGGGCUCAGCUACGGCUGCGCCGAGUGCGGCGAGCGCUUCCCGGACCUGCUGCGCGCCGUGGGCCACAAGGAAGCGCACGCCGCCGACAAGCCCUACGGCUGCGACGCCUGCGGCAAAGCCUUCGGCUUCCUGGAGAGCCUCAUGUGGCACAAACUGAGCCACCAACCGGCGCCCGAGCGGCUGCUGCCGGCGACGCCGGAGCCGCCCGAGCCGCCGCCGUUGGUGCCGAGCGCCGAGCGCUUCACGUGCGCGCGCUGCGGGCGCAGCUUCCGCCGCUUCCUAGCGUUGGUGACGCACAAAUACCGGCACCUGCCGGCGCCGCGGCGGGCCCCGGCCUGCUCCGAGUGCGGGCGGCGCUUCCCGGGCGCCUUCGAGCUCUUACGGCACCGGCGGCGGCACCGGACCCGCUGCCGCGCCUGCGGGCGGCGCUUCUGGGCCGCGGCGCUGCUGCGGCGGCACCGGCGCCGGUGCCCCGGCGAGGAGCGGCCGUUGGCGUGCGGCGCCUGCGCCCGGCGCUUCCGGCACCGCUGGGCCUUGCGCCGGCACCGCCUGGUGCACGCGGCCGCCCGCGCCUUCAAGUGCGCCCUGUGCCGGCGACGCUUCGCGGCGCCCGCGGCCCUCGGCGAGCACCAGCGCCUGCAGCACGGAGCCGGGGCCCGGCGGCGGCGGUGCCGCGCUUGCGGGUGCCGGUUCCGGUACCGCCGGAACCUCCUGGAGCACCGGCGCGGGCACCACGGCGCCUACGGCUGCGAGCGCUGCGGGAAGAGCUUCUUCCAUCUGGCCUGCGCUCUCGGGCACCGGAGCUGCCGGCGCCGGCGCCGGGCACCGCGGAGGAGCCGGGGCGUGGGGGGCAAGGGGAGGGGAUACAUGGGUCAACAUGGGCUAACGUUGGAUACAUGGGUAAACAUGGGCUUCCACGUGUGGUACAUGGGUCAACAUGGGCUCACCUGUGAUACAUGGGUCAACAUGGGCUAA